AUGCCGUCUAUGCAUUCUGCAAGAAGAGUAUGCCAGAUUCUGGCCUUAUUGGUGCUACCGUUUUGUUGCCUCACAAAAGUUCAUGCGCAGCGGUAUCCCUUUUAUAAUGUCAGUAUAGAACAUGGGCUGAUACAGUCGCAGGUACAAUGCAUGGUACAGGACAAGGCAGGUCAUUUAUGGGUAGGUACCCUGGGUGGAUUAUCCCGCUACGACGGCCAUUCCUUCAAUACCUAUUCGGUUCGUGAUGGAUUGCCGGAUAAUUCAGUGCAGGCGCUUGAUGCAGAUGCUUCCGGCACAAUAUGGAUCGGUACCAAAAAAGGGCUCGCCACUUAUGAUGGACCCUCAGUAUCCUUGUUAUAUAACGCGGAUGCAGGCCGAUUCCAGGAAGAGGAUCUGGCUCGUCACUAA